AUGUUGACCCGGCUCUUCGCUGGGUUCUUCGACGCUAGUCCGCUGGCCCUUGUCCUGGCAGUAUUCACCGGUAUUUACAAUAAUCGUCACCGCGGCGUGGCCAUCGCCAUGUUUGCCAUGGCCGUGUUCGUUGGGUCAUUUGCAUCCCCCUUCACGGGGGGCUUUAUUACCAUGAGUAACUUCCACUGGCGAUGGACCAUGUACAUCGCUGCCAUUAUGGGUUUCUUCGGAUCGGCAGUAUUGCUCUGCUUCUUUCGAGAAAUCCAUGCGAAACAAGAUGAGGUCGAGGUUGAUUUCAACCACUGGAUCACCGUAAACUUCAGCCGACCCUUCCACAUCUGGUUCACCGAGCCUGUUGCGUUCUUGGUGACGUUGUACACGUCUUUCAUCUACGGGCUGAUGUAUGCGUUGCUAGGGGCAUAUCCCGUCGUAUCUCAGCAGAUCCAUGGGAUGAACUUGGGAGUCGGGAGCCUGCCGUUCAUCGGGUUAAUCACUGGCGAGUUUGCGGGGGCUGCAUACACCCUCCUCAGUCACCCGGCAUAUACGAAGAGAUUAGUAGCCAAUAACGAUAUCCCAGUGCCGGAAUGGCGAUUAUCCCCGGUGAUUGUGGGCUGA